AUGGCUUCAUCGGAAUCAUCCACCAGCCCUAUACCGAAUCAUUCUCUGCCGAGAAUUAUGAAUGUCAUUCCGAUUGAAACUCCAAUCGUCAUGUCAGGAAGAGUCAUUAAAGGAUUUGGAAGAGGUGGAAAAUUAUUAGGAAUUCCAACAGCAAAUUUACCUGCUGAAAAUUUCGAACAAGAAUUGUCUCGCAUGGAAAUGGGUGUUUAUAUUGGAUUUGCUAAAUUGAGAAAUGAAAUUUGUAAGACUAUUUUGAAAGUGAUUUUUAUGGAGAAGAAUUACAAAUAUCAAUUUGUGGAUUUAUUCGAUAUAUGGAGAAAUACAAUGGAUUGGAUGAAUUGA